AGUUUGUCCUACAGCAACCCUGUCAGAAAGUAUUGAAUUGAGCAGAACAUGGGCACAUAAAAUUUAAGUCCAUACAAAUGAAGCUAUAUUAAUCUAAAACUAUCGUAUAAUUAGCAUUUCAGUUUCGGAAAUAGUGGAUAUAGAAUCGAAUAAUGAAUUUCUAAUAUAAUGUGCGGCUUAAUAAAAAUAAUAUCUAAGCAGUUAAUUGUAGAUCGAAAAAAGUGAAAAGAUAUGCAAAAGAAGAAACUUGAAUUGCAAUAACUGUGCCAUUGCAUUGGUGUUAGAGAAAGAUAGCUAGACUCGGAGAGUGAUGCAAGUGUGGCGAAUAAGUGCGAGAAAAAAGGAGUUGGUUCUAUGAUUGUCAGCUGUGUCUGUCAAAAACGAACGAAAACAGGAAAAUUUGCUUUUGUUUGUUAGUUUGUCUUCAUUCUUCCGCUGUCUACUUUAUGCAAAUUCGAUGAAAAACUGAAUUAAUAAUCGCAAAAGGAGCAAUCGAAAACGAAUUGAAGUAAAUGUAAACUACUUUGGAGUAGGAGGAUCUGGUAUAGUCGAAAAAAUCAUUAAAUUACAGGCAAUGAGAAGAUGAAUAUUCAAAAAAAAUAGUUGCAAAGACAUUCCAGCAAUUGAAAAAAGAAUAGUUGAAAAGGUAGUUCUGAUAAAUAAGGGGAGGAAGUGGGAAGAAGAGAAACGCAAUGAAAAGAAAUCUGAUGAAAAUGAUUUGAAUAAAUGGAAUGAAUGGAUACAAAGGAAAAUCGAAAUCAAAAAACGGGAACGAAUAAACGACGCACGACUUUAUCCAUCCACCACUAUACACGGGUAGGAAGAAAAGUGAUGCGAUAAAUCUGAGAUCUAUAGAAGAAAUGUGCUUCAGAGGCUAUAGAAAAAUUGCAGAAAAACGCAACGCAACAAUUUUGGAUAUAAAGCCGAGUCAGUCUCGACAACAGAAAUAUUGCAAUCCUCUUUUUUGUAACCUGAAGUUGGCUUUUCCAGGGUCAAAAUGAGUCCACAGGUCAAAUUUCGUUGUUUCAAAGAAAUAAUCGGAUAGAAACUUGAUCAGCAAUUAUUUGCUAAGAGUAUGAGAACGACCUUACUGGGUACAUCAAUAUUUUAUCGCCCAAAAACAUCCCAACAAGACUCCCUGAAAAUGGAAUCCCAUUCGCCUUCGGUGCGACAGAAAAUAAAUGCUGAUCCUAUUGCAGAAAAAACUGAACAAGUAAAUCUCUUGAGUGAAGAAGAGGAGAAGGACCCGUUAGCAUUAGAUACAGCGAUCGAACAACAUAGCUCGCGAAGUAAACUUUCAAAUAGCGCUAAGCACAGCCACAGUUUACGGCGUCAUGUUCCUCGUAUCAUCGUUAAACCUAUACCACCCGAGAAAAAGGUUGCAGCUACGGCGACAGCAACGUUGAGUAGCAACGCUGCAACGUCAACUGCUACUGCCAAUACUGUGAUUAAUGCCACCAGUGGAAAGAACGCAACACCGAGCCCUUCAAGCCGUGCCAGCAGUAGUCGACGUGCACAACAACAAGCCAAAGCUGCGGCUGCCGCUACAGGAUUGACUGGAGCCGCAUCUAUGACUACGCCUAUUACAGCAAUCACUCAAGCGUCCACAAUGCGUGAAGUGCUGGCAUCUAUACCAGGGUUUAGUUUUAAACCUCGUAGACGUUCUUCCAAGAAAAUUUCUACUGCUGCUCAAAUUGAGCAGACAAAGGAUGGAAAAAUAGACCUCGAAACACCGGACUCAAUAUUAGCUUCAACCAAUUUGAGAGCCUUACUCAACAAACAAACCUUUUCUAUGCUGCCUCCACUAUAUCAGUAUAACCUCAUUCAAUUGCUACCAAGCGUAGAUCGCGAAGCUAUCGAAGUUGAACGCAAGAAUACUUCUGAAUCCACCGUUACAAUGGAAGCUAUAAAAUUGGGACCAUCCAGUCUAAACAAUGAGUUCUUUGCACGUGCCUGCUUGGAGUGGCGUGAGCGGCUGGCGGAAGGUGAAUUCACGCCCGAAAAUCAAAUGAAGAUGAAAACCGAAGCCGAAAGGGAAAAGAACAAAUUAGAUCCAUGGAAAUUGAAACAUUUUGAACCAAUAUGGGGAGAAAAAUCCUACAAUCGCGCCAGUAGUACUAGUAGCAGUAGCAGCAAUAUAAGUUAUAGUAGUGGCAAAAGUAGUGAUAGUUAUACUAAUUUAAUGGAUGAGCGUCUGGAAUUCAAAUUGGAGAGUAAAGGUGGUCUGGUUGCUACAAUUGUGAAGACAUCUACAAAAACACCAGCAGCUUCAACGACUACAUCGUUAACGGCCACCGCAACCGCAACCCAAGCAAUGAUGGUAACAGCGACAUCAGCAGCAAGUACUGAAAGUACUGAAAACACCACAUCGUCGUCUUCUGUAGAUAUUAAAGAAGAGGAAGAAGAAUUUGUUGAUGAACCUGUUAAAAGCAGCAAUGCGAAUGCAAUUAAAAGCGAGCAAGAAAUAAAAUUAGAAGAGCUGCGUCAGCAAGAACAAACUGAAUCUUCUACAACCGAUUAUGAAAAACAGACUGACACGAUUUGCGAUCUGGAAAAUAUUGGCUGCACGGACUCAUCCUCAACAUUUGAUUUAUUGCGCUCAGAAUGCAGUGGCGUUCAAGCAGAAACCUUUGCUAAAGAAUCCAAAAUAACCUUAGCGCUAAACUCUUUGGAACAUGAGAGGCAAUAUGAGUGCGGGAGCAGCGGCAAUAUACGCAAACGUUCGGAGUCUGAUUUUACCUAUGAAAAUCGAACGCAAACCAAACAAAUGAAAAUAGAUACACCAAUAAUGCAGGAACAUCAACAGCAACAGCAACAUGAAUACGAUAUAACCGACGCAGCAAACAGCAUAGAACCAGAAGUAAGCCAUGGUGUUGGCGACGAACUUAAAGAAACGCUCUCCCCAUCAGUAUCUUCAGCUACUUCAAGUUCACAAGAGUUGAGUGGCAGCAAUAGUUUAACAACAAAUUCAUUCACAACAAAGGCGCCCACAACGGACAGUUUCAUGUAUAACACCAAUCUUUACGAUGCAAAGUUCGAGCAGCAAUCUAAUGCUGAACUGCUAUUGAAGGAAACGAUCUCUUCAGCUAGUAGUGAAGAAGGCGUCACUGGUAAUACUAUAUCCGAUAUGUCUAUGAAAACGUCAAAUUUCCUCCAAAACCAAGAGACUUCGUUUGCAGCAAUAUCGACGGUGGGAAAUAGUACCUGUAACAGUAUUGAAACACUUCUGCCAUCAACUUCUUCAUAUAUGAACGUUAAUUCGAUAUUACCAGCUUCGUCAUCACCUAGACCAAGCGGCGGUAUAACACUGCAGUCCUUCCCAACACAAGGGAAGCAAUUGAAUGCUUGUUCGAUAAUUUCACUUGAAGACGGGGAGGAUGAUGACGAUGAGCUUAUCGAACAAAAGUUUGCUGACGCACACAAUUACGUAUUGGAAUCUGGUGAAGUUAGUACCGACAGUAGCGCAGGUACAAACAGCGCAUUACUAACACCUGUCGACGGGGGUAACGUAAAGGAGAAGAAAUUUAUUUUCUGUGAUUCAGUAGAUCAAGGUACAACAUCUCAUGCUUGUGACAAUCUCUUCGAAAAUAAACAAGAACUUGGCAGUUGUAUUUCGUCAGUGGCCAUAUCCUCUGCCUCCUCGUCCUCCUCAUCUUCAAUGACCUCAGCACCGACGAUCAGUGGAGACAUGAUGUAUUCCACAUCGGCCCAACUGCCAGUUCCUGCACGAUUAUCGCCCGAACAAAAGCAGCAGCAACAGCAGCAGCAGAUUAUAUUGUCUAUGGCUGAGAAGAGCGAGGAUUUGUUCCAUCAUGUACAGCAUGAUUGGAAUUUCGGCAGUAUAAAAUUACAACAGCCAACGGAAGCAUCAUCUUGUAGUUUUAACGGUGUGAUUCAAACGCAUCAAGGCGUUAUAAAAGUGAAAAAUUUAAAUACGAAUUCAGUUGGAGAUGUAGAUAUGCCAAGCGUGGAAGCAGCUCAAGCUGAAGAAGUCGUAGAGUGUAUCGGUGUAGAAGGUGCUGAUGAUGCGGCGGCGCUUGUUAAUUGCAGAAAUAUGGGUGUCAGUGUUGGUGAAGGCGCGGAUAAUGGUGAUAUCGGAGCGGAGGCUGAUGAAGAUGACGAUGACGAGGCGGACGAGGAAGAUGAAGAAGAUGAUGACGACAAUGAUGCUGUACGUGAUAUAGUUGACGAAUUACAACAGCAACACCGGCAACUACUCAAAGAACAACAACAACAACAGUUACAACAUCAACAACAACUCGAAGAGCAACAGGACUUGCGUGGACCGGAAAACCAAGAGCACCGUGGCCACUUAAAUUAUGAGCAAACUGACUAUGAGUUGGGCUCUGAUAUGAUAUGUGAUGUCCAAAUGGCGGCCAACGAAAUGGAAGUGUCCAGCACUGUAAUAACCAAUAGCAAUUCGGACGACAGCGUGAACGAAAUAAAUAUGGGCUGUAGCAGUAGUCGUCUUGAUGGAGGUGCUGGUGGUGCCAGUGUAGGUAAUGUCACCAUACAAUUGAGCGCAGCAUCACCGGCGGCUAUCGGUCAUUUGCAUCAACAGCAAACUCAACAGUCGCAGCAGCAGCAAACACCGGCGGAGCGGCAAAACACACCACAGCGACAAAUACUCGUAGAUACAAAUGGUCAAAUCAUAGGAAAUUUCCUUGUACAACAUCAGCAACAACAGCAGCAGCAGCAACAACAACAACAACACAUAGACCACCAACAGCAACUUUUACACCAUGCAGCACAGCAAUUUACGUUUCAGGCAGCACAACCACAACCCCAACAACAGCAAACUCAAACCAUAGCGCUUUCGGCACAACAGCAUUUGCAGCAGCAGCAGCAACAACAUUCACAAAAGUCGCAUCAAACGCUGUCGACAAUACGUAAAGCUAUUGAAUUGAGCACCAACGGUCAGCACUACCUAACCCCUGGCGGUCUAACGGCUCAGCAACACAUUGGACAGCAAUUGGUUCUGCAGCAACAGGCGCCACAGCAAAGGCACUUUUUGACGCAACCACAGGUUCCUACAGUAUCCGCGGCAGCUAAUUGCAAUAUGGUUUCUGCUAGUCCAACACAGCAGCAUCAAAUUCAAGUGCAACAACAGCUUCAGCGCUUUCAACAGCAACAGCAGCAACAACAACAACAUAUGCCCGCCUUUCAAUCAUUAGCCACACAAGCGCAGUCUAAUGCGACAAAAUAUAUUUCAAAGCAAAUGAAUCUUAUUGCAAUGUCUCGUGGUACUGCAGCAGGAACAGUUGCGGGUACAACCGCGAGCAUCGCUUCUGUAACUAUACCACCUGGCGCAGCUGUGAAUACCUACCCGCCUUUUAGUAGCGCUAGCGCUAAAUCAGCGCGUUCAGCUGAGCUUGUUGUGAACGCUGCACCGAGCAUCAGUAAUGUUAACACAACGAAUGUCAAUGUUGCCAGUGCCAUGAAAGGUUUAACACAAGCCGGCAUCCCAACCACAAUUGCCCAGCAACGGCCAACGAGUAAAUUAGCUACGGGUAAAGGCCGUAAAACAGUAAAUAAACUGCCUCCCGGUGCUGUCAAUUUGGAACGUAGCUAUCAAAUCUGCCAAGCAGUUAUCCAAAACAGUCCAAAUCGUGAAAAUUUGAAGGCACAACUACGACCACCUUCGGCUAUAUUAAAUCAGCAACAACACCAACAUCCACAGCAGCAGCAACAGCUAUCACAGAGUAACAUAGCAACUACUCUGACAUUGCCCAGCACAGGAGCAGCAGCAGCACCUCCUACUUGCCCCAUAUCUGUAGCAACCUCGGCUCCAUCUGCAUCAAGCGCUUCAUCAUCACAAAAUUUUAUCAAACAAGAGGACUUAACAAGCAUUCCUGCAAAUAUAAUGGGUGUUGGACGUCCUGGUGUAUAUAAGGUAAUUGGUCCACGAAUGGGAUUCCCACGUAAGAAAUAUGUUCAGCGAAAACCCUCACCUACACUUAUAAGGCAUCUAUUUACACCGCAAGCGGCCAGCGCUCUUCACACCAACGUCGCAGCCAAUCCACGGUUGCAACAGCAAUUGACGGCAGCAGCAGCGGCAGUUGCACAACAGCAACAACAACAUGAUCUACAUCAAAACGGGAAUGGUGGUGGACAAUAUGUGUUGGUGCAUCGGGCGAACGUAGGCGCAGCUGAUAAUCAGGCACCAAGAGCUUCUAGCGCUCCUCCGGUACCACAAACGACACAGAGUCAACUGCACAAUAUAAAUGGAAUACCGAUAACAGGACGCGGGCGUCCUGCCUCCGUCGAUAUUGAUUCUUCUAAUGCAAUGCUUGACCACAGUGCGCAACAACAUCACCAUCUUCAUCAAAUAAAUGCUAUGAAAACGAACGCAACGGCUGGCAUGAUGCGACGCAAUUUUACUACCGGCAAUAUAACGUAUAUAGAUAAUCUAAGUGGAGCAGCAACUAUGGCCGACGGUAAUUAUAUAGUGACUGCAACCAAUGCCGGAGCGCUGGAUGCCGAACAAUUGGUAAGCAAGGCCGUUGCCGCUGCCGCCGCUGCUGCUGGCGGCGGAGGUGUCGCUGGAAGUGGUGGUGUAGGUGGUGGCAGUGGAACCAUCACCCGAACACCAGAAGCGGACAAUUGUGCCUGUUCGUUAAAUGCAAUGGUUAUUUGUCAACAAUGUGGCGCAUUCUGUCAUGACGAUUGUAUGAGUACAUCGAAGGUGUGUGUCUCUUGUGUGAUCAGAUGAGAGGAUGAAGUCUCUGUAAUAACCUUUUAGGCCUUGCGCACAUGUAGUAGAAGUAAUUGUGGUUCUGCACUAAACAAAAUACAACAAUAGAUAUACAUAUAUAUAUACAGAUAUAUAGAAUAUACAUAGAUAUAUUUACACCGAUAUAUCAACUUAAACACGAAUUCCGAAUUCUGCAAAACAAAAAAUAAACACAGCAAGAAGCAUAGCAUAAAAAACAACAAUUACCAGCUGACAAAUGCAUAAAUAUGUAACUAAAUGCAAAAACAAAAAAAGUUCGUUAUACUAAAAAAAUGCUUCAUGCUAAUUCAUGCCGAACUACGAGUAUUGCUGCCGUUCAUUUCCAUCACAUGAUGCGAUGCGAGCUCUUGUAUGCUAUCUAUUAUAUAUAUCAGGAAGAAGUUUAUUUCAGAAAUACAAAAUACAAUAUAACUGACUCGUGUGACAACUGGUUAAGGGAAUAAUCAUUCUAGAUGAAACUUUGUCAUGCCCUUCAUAAACAAGAAAGGUGGAAAGAAUGGAUAUGUAUUCUAGAACGGAGCAAAGCUCCUCAUAAAAAAGCCAUUUGCCGUUCGGAGUCGGCUUAAAGAUGCAGGUCCCUCCAUUUGUGGAACAACAUCAAGACGAACGCCACAAAUAGGAGGAGCUCG